AUGUCACUGGGGAAGUUCACGCCUUCUGUUGUGUCUGCAACGCAAGAGACUACAGUUGCUCUUGCCGCUUUGAACUUUGACUUUUCCUUAUUCAAGACGGAAGCACCAAAAGAAUACAAGGCUUUAGGGCACGCAUUGUCUCCCUAUCGCCGGGAAGUGGCUGAAGAUGGUGACAUCCAUACUACAGCUCGGAAGCUUCGAGCCUUGUUCGAACAUAUAUUACCACAAACACCAAGACUUUAUACUGCUUACGGCGUGCGGGCUUCAGAAAUUGCUAAUGGCAGCCUGAAAACCUCGAAGGCCGCUAGCAGUGGCCCAUUCGCUGCUCACCAGGGAGUUGAUGGAGGCAGUAUUUGGGCUGCAGCGACCUCAGGUGCGGGUGCUGUCGCUAUCCACCUGCUUGCUUGUAUGCUGGCUAAGCUAUGGUUGCCCUCUGAAGCGACAUCUAUAUGGGAGGAGAUAGUCGGUACAAGGAAAGAACAGCUAUCUGCAGUCAAUGCAAAUGACCCUCAGAAUAUGUUCGCUGCCUGGGCAGCCAGAUUGAAUAUCUCUAGACAACAGCUGGCUGAUUGGGACGCGAGCGCGAGAGCCUGGCUUCGAGCCGGUGACGACGCAAACCGGGUCCGACAGAGACAACUCAAGCUGAUCGUUGAGAACGUCAACAUUCCAAUCAAUACUAAACCUAACGUCUAUGAAAGUGUCGUCGCUGCUUGGACGAGUGCCAUGGUUGUUCUGGACAAGCUCAUCGAGGGCAUGCCACACACCAUAGAGAACAGUGCUAUUCUGCUUGCAUUGUCCUCGUGGCAUCUCUUCCCGGAUAUGUCAGUGCUUGGUACCUCAAAUCAGUUCAUCCGACAGAAUGACGCCUUGAUAGAUCCUCGAGGCAUUCUGACCCUGGGUCUACAAUCAGCGCAGUCUGAACAUGCUCUACGUCACCAAGGCGACGAGGAGAUCAUAAGUAACGGGAUCACCUGGUCUCUCCCUCUUUGCUACUCCCGCUUUUAUGGUCAUCCUGUUCGGAAGGAAAAGUCGCUGAACACCGAUGGAUCUCGCAUUUCUAUUGAUCAAUUGCUUCUAUUUGCCUUGGGAUGCUUGUUUCACGGAUGGCAAGAGACAAGCUUCAGCCUCCAUAAGGCUGCGGAGCUUACGCGUCAUCUCUGGAGAUGCUGUGUGAUCGAGGAUAAUCACCCUGGAAUCGCAGGAUGCCACCAACCAUCGCAGAAGAGCUGGCUUGGUAGAUUGGCACAUGGCGCUGAAACAUACCUUGCCUCGGAUGGAGUCACCCAGAAAGAGUACACUCGACUGUUCAACCAUGGGCGUCGGCGAUGUCCACAAUUUCUAAGCAUUUCGCUAAGCACCCCUUCUCCAAUAACGACAUUGCAGCACCCGCCAAAUCUUCUGAGGAUGAUGAAGGAGUCCGAAGGACGUUUGGACCUUCUACGAAGAAAGGCCUCGAGGUUCGAUGGCGACUUGCACAGCUUGAUCAUCUACUACGCCACUCCAUCAUCGAGCGAUACUCUCAACGAGUUUGCUAUAGCUACCGUCUCACCUACCGAGUCCGGCGCCUCGGAAGCGACCCGUUUUCAAUGCAGAUGGUUGACCGAUAGUAAGGCCUGCGCUGAGCUUAAAAUUCAGGGUCGCAGGGUAGAUUCUGAGUCAGAAGUGUAUGAAGCUCUGGAUCGAAGUGUGAUAUUGGGUCCAAAGCAAACAGUUCAAAAGGGAGAUAGAUUGUUCUGGUGUGACGCUCCUACUAGAUAUAUUGACAAGGUGGUCACGAAUACUGUAGACAAAAUCUUCGGGGACUUCGCAGAGACGACACUUUUCGGAAGAACUUCACAAAGUAGUAAGCCAAGGGUUGUGACAGGUGUACCUUUUGAAUUUAUUUUUGGUGAUCCAACCACUGCGGCUGUCUAUCGUAUCGUGGAGGAAGAGAGACCAACGACCCAAGCCUUUGACGCUCAAGAUAUCGUCUUUGCGAUAGCAGAAGCGUCAAAGGGAAUCUCAAUCGGAAUCCCAAUGGGAAUCUCACAGAGUGCUCUGAUCCAACAUUUAUGCCAGGUUCCUGCAACGCGCCCUACGACACUCUCUUUGCCCCAACAUAUACAAUCGCUGAAAACCUUAUGUACUAUCACCAACCUUUAUGAGCACUGGAGUGAUGUAACACUCCCGAUGACACUCACUUCGACUAAACUGCAUGCCGUCAAGUGGAUGCCAGAAACUGAACUGAGCACUCCGACGGAUACUCACACCACCGAACAAAACGACGUUCCUGAUCAAACAGUCAGUGGCAUAUCAUCUUAUCCAGGCUUUGUGAUUGUCCAAGCAUUCGAGCCGCUCGAUCUCGACCUUGCGCAUACUUUCGCCUGUAUAGCAAUGCUUGAAUUUGGACUCAUUGAUAUCUCCGAGAAAGGCUUGGAAUCUGUCAUGGCCUUAUCGGCUGGGGACUCUCUGUACAUCGCCACGCCGCUGAUUUCUGACCCAGCAUGUAUAUCUGACCAAAAGAUCACGAGAAUACGCGGGAAUCUAGGGCGUGCAGGGAUCGCUCUGAUGAUCCCUCCAGACGAGCCGCUCACUCGAGAAGCCGAUCCUAAAGACUGGAAUUUCGUUGAUCACAACGACUUUGAUGGUGUCAUUGCCGAUUUCUUUAAAACCACAUCUCUUCACUUGUCAUUCACGGGACUCGUCCUCCCAGUCGAUACCACCUCUCGUGGUUCUCCAGAUACAGAAGUAUAUUUUCUUGAAACGUUAAUUUCUGCCCACGACAAGGGCCAAUGGCUGGGGGACCUCAACAUCCUGCCAAUAUUUAGCAGCGUAUUAUUUCAUAACAUCUCAAAAGUUCAACUUACUUGCCAACACGCGCGAGGGAACCCCCUUCGCUCGGAGAGCUCAUAUCCCUAG